GUUAAUGUCUGAAAAUUUCAUAAGAGGAAAAAAAGAAAAAUUCCAUGCAACAGGCUGACUCACUCAGAAAACAGAGGACCGUCACUCCUUAGUUAUUGUUUAGAGGCCCUGCCCAGAGCCCUCAGGUCGGGGAGAUGAAUUAUUGAGGGGAAUCUGAGAGGCACAGAAGCCAUGGAGUGUGGAGAGGCGAUGGGCACAGGGGCCCCUUUGGGCCAGGGCCCCUCAGCCCCCGCAGCCCUCACUGACAACCCACAGGCCCAGUUGACCGUGGUGGUGGAAGUAGAGAGGACAAGAUCUGGCCCCAAGAAGACCUGCUUCCCUACGCUCCUCCUGGAGGGGGCCAAGAGCAUCCGCCUACUUCGGCCUGGGCCUCUGGAGAGUCAGGAACAAUGCAUCACCUUUGAUAGAGUCCUGGGUUCUGAUGCUGCUCAGGAGGCAGAGCAGGAGCUGCUAGCACGAGUCCGGCCCACACUGGGCUCAGUGGGCCGAGGGUACAGUGUGGCCCUGCUGCUUCGGGGUCGGGAAACAGAAGCGCCCCGGCUCGUGCCUCAGCUGCUACAGAUGCUGUUUGAAGAAGCUCUGCCCCUCAGGGGCUCUGACGCUGUGCUUAGCACUCUUAGCCUAGUACAGCUCAGCGCCAGUGGGAGGAUCCGGGACCUGCUGACUCCAGGGGCAGGGAACCUAUCCGUGCUGGAUGUGGCUCCUCUGGGCUUGGUGGUGGAAAAUGCCAGUGAAGUGGAGGUAUCUGACUCAAGAGCUGCCUCAGAGCUGUACUUGCGGGCUGCACGUGGAGCAGGCAGGAGCUGCUCUCUGCUCACUGUCACCAUGUCCUGCCUGGGGCCUGACCCUCCUGAGGGGCCUGGGACCCAGGGCAUGUGGCAAGGAGCCUUGCGGAUCCUGCAGCUUCCAGGAGAAGUAGACUGUCCCCUGCUGCAGGUACUAGCUGGCAAUGUGGCUGGUGAAGAGGUGGAGGGCUCUCUGACCUGGAUUGUCUCAUGGCUUCUGGAAGGAAACAACUACAGUGGCCUUCUUCUUCGCCUGGAUCCUCAAGGCAGUCCCCUGAGCUUGUUCCAGUCUGCUUUGUUGGGGGCUGCAGAAAGGAGGAAGAAGGUGAAACAUGUGAGGCCCACCCUGUGGGAUGCAGUAGAAGAGGCCCGGGCCCGCCGAGCUGGUCUGAAGAGCCUGCGAUCAGGCCUCCUUGGGGACGCCCUGACAGAUAGUGGGCUCAGCCAGCUGGGCAGGGCACUGCGGGAGCUGCACGUGAGCAAGGUGGUAAAAGCCUGGAUCCAGCGCUGGGGAAGCUGGAUGCUCAAAGCAGUCAAAACUGAGGCUGUGGGGUUCCCAGAACCACAGCAGGUGACACAUUCAACAGCAAGCCCCAGCCCAGGUCUCCAGAAGGAGCCUCAAGGUGAAGCUGGUGCUUGGGGUGGAGCUGGAGGUCUUCUCCAUCUUUGGUUACAUUCUCCUCCAGUGGCAGGAAGAACAGCAUCUAUAGGACCUGAUCUCCACCAAAUGCAUCCACUCAGGAACUCUGAGGAACAGGCCCAGCAGGCCCCAGAUGUGGCCCUACACUUCUUCCUGGCUCAGGCCCAGAGGCACAGACUGCGAGAACAGCACCAAGCGUGGAUCCAAGAGGAGCUGAAGCAUAUGGAACAGGAGGAAGAGGUGGUGGCGGGUGACCAGGUCAAAGGCCUAGUGGCUGAAGAGGACUCCAAGGAAAGGCAGAGAUGGCACCGGGAGCAGACAAUGCUGAGAUGUCAGCUGGAGGCCCUUCAGGCAGAACGGGAUGCUGUGGAGCAGGACCUGACAGCCCUCUAUGACCUACACGUGCAGGCUGCCCGGGCUCAGACAUGCCAUGUGCUGCAGGUAUUUCGAGCCUGGAGGGGGCUGUGCGAGGAGCAGGCCAUGACCACAGAGCAUCACUACCGCAGCCUGCUGGCCAGCAUCUUGCAGGACUCCAUCAGCUUGGCCACACAGAACCAGGAGCUCCAAGCCCAGAAUAAGCAACUUCAGCAGACCGGGCUGGCAGAGGUUGUACUGGAUACCUGCCCUGAGGAGAAAUCUGGUGAUCAGGAAUCCAACAGGGGCACUUUCUCCUCUCCUCAUUUGUAAAGGUCCUAGAAGGGAGAGGCAGUUGGGACACAACAGCCAAGCUUACCUCUACUAGAUAAAUAAUCACAUCACUAACCAGGGUGCAAUGUGCCAGUCCCUUGCUAAAUGCCUAAUAUCCAUUUGAUUUAGAGAUUUCCACUACUCUAUAUGGAGAUGCAGGAGACAUGGGCUCCAUCCAUGGGGGUCAGGAAGAUCCCCUGGAAUAGGAAAUGACACAGACAAAGGAGCCAGGAGGGUUACAGUCCAUGGGGUCACAAACAGUCAGACACAACUGAGUGCGCACAUGCACACAUACACACACACUACCCUAUACUGUAGUAGGUAUCAUUUGAGCCGCAUUUCAGAGAUAAGCCUACUAAAGCUAGGAGAGGUUAAAUGACUGUUCAAGGACAGUCUGCUAAUAAGUGCUGGAGCCAGAAUUAACACUCAAGCCUGGGUGGCUAUAGUUCUACACUGCAGGCAGUAGUGGUUCAAAAGUAGUGUCCAUCAGAAUCACCUAGGGAGCUUACUGAAGAGAAAAAAAAAGAAAUAAAAAAGAUUCCCAAACCCCAAUCCCUAAGAUUCUGCUUCAGCAGGACUGGGAUAUUUCCCCCCCUACAAGCUUACCAGGUAUUUCACCACAGGAGUGGGGCCUGACAUCCCUCUGGUCAUGAGAAGAGAUGACAGGCAGGAAUACUGAUGAGGGAUUCAGAGCAUGAGAACCAAAACUACCUUGAGUCCUAAGAGUUCUCUAGCCUACAGUCUACAAUCUGUGGGCUCGUAAAAGAAUUGGACAUGACUUAGCAACUAAACAAGUUUUGUACUUCAGAGAAAUUUCCAAAGCUCUGUGCCAGAGAAAAUUCGGCUUCACAGAGAUCUCAAAGGAAAUUACCAUGUUGGCAAGAGCUGAGAGAAAGCAGCCUUUUCUCUUAAUCUGUAAGUCACCCCAGGAUUAAGACAGUCAGGGCACCAAAGGAAUGAAUUAUGUUUGAGAGGAGCUAUGCAACACAGAAGACACAGGACAAUCAUGACCAACUGUAGGAAUCACCUACAUCCCAGAGCACUUUAUUAAGACCUUAUUGCUUAUGCAUUUAGACACUGAUUGAGUUAAGCAAGUUUCCCUGUGCCUGGUCCCAGGCCACUCCAUGUAGAGUUUCCCAGGCAGAUGGGAACUGGGUCGCUGUGAGGAAAGGGCAGGACCCAGAGAGGGAAGGAUGAUACCUCCGAGGAGCUCCAGAGGGGACAGUGGGCCUUGAGAGAGCCCUUAGGGUGAGCAGAGAGAUCAGGAGUGUAGACUCAAGCCAGGGUCCAGGAGCAACAUUCCCUGAAAUGAGUCAAGCCCCAGUCCUCUCUGAGGAUUCCAGAACAAAGGCUAGGUGUGGAGAGAGCAGG